AUGCCUUUGACAAUCAGUGCCUCAGAAGGAUCCUGGGAGUAUGAUGGUUCCAUCGAGUAUGGAAUUCAGCCAUCAGGGAGAGAACUCAACAGCCACCAGUCCCCUUAUGGUUGUGGCAAAAGCGACUCUGAUGGUUUGGACAUGUAUGUCGUGCUUGCAAAGUGUUUCUUAUCCAUGAUGCAGACACAGAUUCAGUUUUACAGUACAGCUGUAGAGUUGAUGUGUCCACUGAGUCAGUAUAACGAUAUCAUAGAUAUUAUACAUGAUUAUGAAGAUGAUCCAACCAUGAAAGAAGCAUGUCAUUCCUGGCUAGCUGCAUCUCAGAGUACAGGUAAAUUGAGACUCGGUGGCAGUCUGACCAGUGAUGAAAUACAACUAUUGCUUGUCAACCAAGAAGACCUCCAACCGGAACAAAUUGUUAUUGACAUAAGAUUGAAAUAUGAGGCAUCUUUGCAGAGAUAUGGAUAUGAGUUGUCAAGGCUACCCAGUUAUGAACACACCCUGGUUGGUGGUUUUCUUCAUUACCCACAAUGCCUUUCUCUGGUGCUCAAAGGUUGCUGCAAUGACAAUGAAAUCCAGGCAAUUGGUAGCCAAUCAAAUCCUUUGACUCAGCAGAUCCUUCGUAAACUUUAUCAGAGCCAAUCACGUACAGUUUCUCAGGAAGAAUGGAAAGAAUUAGUUCAGAAAGAAGUCUGUUACAUAGCUAUGCAUGUUGAUGAGACAUUCAAAAAGAUGUGUACAAACAAGUCAAUGAAUGAAGAAAACUUUAACACCAAGUUGGAUACCAUUUGUGCACUGGUCAGGGAAAUUUCAGAACAAGCUGCAUUAGACCUGCCUAUAGAAGAGAUUGCACUUGUAUCACAUAGAACUAGUCAAAUUGCAGUGCAGAUACUCUAUGCUAGAUCUAAUCUGGUGUCAGUUUUUAAAGCACCAGGAGAAGGAGAUCUUCAACAGUAUGCGCAGGUCUCUGCUGAUGGUACGACAUUGAUAAUUGAAGUGCCUACCAUAUGGUGGCUGAUAGAUGAACUCAUUGCAGAAUCUGGAUACCAUCCACAUAAUAAACUGGCUGUCAUUGAAGCUACUUACACUGUCAAGAUUGAUUUAUUAGAUUGGAACGAGGGAAGGUGCCAAUGUCUACCAACAAUCCACAUCAAACUAUGCAAGAAUUCUGUGGAUACUUCAAACAGAACAUUUGAUACAAUGGGCAGACCACUAACUUUGCCACCAAGUAUUACAAGCAGUUACUCCGCUCAGGCUGCCGGCCAGCUACAGAGCACUUCAGAAUCACCCACAAGUGGUUUACGUAAAACCUUUACAAAGUUAACAUCAAAGUUUGCAAGAAAGUCUUCUCCUGCCACCAGCCCAACAUCCAAAAGUGGUUUUCAUACUAAAAGUGUAUUUUCUGUGCCAACCAAUCAAAAUAGAGAUUCUGAUGAAGUCAACCAAUCAGUGGACUGUGAUAAUGUAUCUUUUAGCCCAGCAGGUGAUGCAAAUUAUGCUAAAGUGUGGCAGAGAAAACCCAUGCAACAAAUUGUAUCCAUUGGUAACCCCACUGUUACCAUAACAACUGACACUAGUCCUGAUGAGGAGAAACUACCCGACUGGAGCCGUGAAAGUAAACCAGGCACUGAGGAACUUCAAGCAAGAAUGAGUGAAAAUAUCCAAUGUGAUAUCACAUGGAAGGCCUCAGAAGAACAGCUGGAUGAUGUUAUUAACCUACUGUCAGGAGGCCCUGCCAAACCACAGCAACCACUUGAAGUCAGUAAGCAUAUCAGUCCAUGGAAGACUGUAGAUAAUACUCAGUACGAUAACUUUAAUCCAUGCUAUAAUGAGGGUGAAACAAUAGAUAGAAAUACAGAGUCAUCAGUGUCAUGGUCCAUGGAUAGCAACGGAUCCAGGGGACCAUUCCAUGAAUCGCAAACCCUGCCCGGAUCGCACGGUUAUGAUCCUGAAUUUGCCAAAUACUUAGCUACAAACAUCCCUGGACGAAGAAGUCAUAGUGGUUACCAUGGCAAUAUGUCAGAUGUUAAUACUCCGUCUUGGCUAGUGCCAGAAUCAAGACUAAACAGAAGUUGGCCUAUCAAUGAAAAUACAACUGACCACAACAGCAACAACAACAACGAUCCAUUAAGUAUGAGUUGGACUGGUGGUCAAGAUUCAGGUAGUUCUAGUGAUGACUCUUCAUCUAACAAUGGUGAAAAUGUAUUUAAUAUGGGACUAGGACUGACUGCUCCUGACUUGGUGGCUUCUCUCAACAGAAGACGCCAUAGCAGCGGUGGGGAGCAUGAUAACGAAGACAAUCAACACAAAAAAUAUCUGGAUGUCAUGAUGGAAAGUAACACAACAAAAACAUGGCCACCAAAGUUAGUAUGGCAACGAGCUCCCAGUAAACCACCGCCGCCAACCAACAAUCAAAACUUCAGAAUGUUAUCACUGGAUCAUCUUGGUUUGCAUCCAAGUAUUGCAUCACAAUGGGGCGAUCCUUUACCACAAGGUUCCUCAGUCUGGUCGACUGCCGACUCGCCAUCUAAUGUUCCUGCCACAAAUCCGCCUGUUUCCUUCAAUUCCCCAGGGCAGAGUGUUAGAACUCAUCCAAAACUUGACAGAAAGUUUUCUCUUAAUGUUCAUAACUUCCACUCAUAGCAUUUCUAAAUGGCGACAAUGCCAUGUUUUAUAUUAAAAUAAAUUGAAUUUUACUUAAAUUUCUACCUGAAUAUGCAUGGCUGCUUGUGGCAAUAUCAUUUGUAUGGCCUGGGUCCUGCUAUUAGAUGAUCACUGUAGUAAUUAAUCAUGGCAACAAGAAACCACAAGUAAUCAAAGUGAAUGCCAGUGACUCGCGUAAUCCAGUAGAUUAAGUCUUGUAUUUCGAUCUUUGUCACUCUAACCUCAUUAUAAUGAACACAAGAUUCCCCUUUAUAACAAAUUCAAUGCAUUAUGCUUUUCCAUAGUGAACAUUUCACUAUAACAAACUAAUUGUAAUCCUCCUAAGAGUUUAUUAUAAUGAGAUUACAGUGUAAUUCAAUGCCAGUGUCACAUGCAUGUAGAUAAAAAACAUAUG